AUGUUUUUAGUUAACACUGCUGUACAUAGCAACAAAGGAGAAGAUACAGACAGUGUAUUUCUUGACAGUGAUGAUGGCAAUGCCGCAAUGGUGAAACCGAUGGGGACAGUAACAAUGAAGACAACUAUGAUAACGGCAAAGAAAAACAAGAGUAUAAGUGCACGCAAUGUAACAAAAUAUUCAAAUUCAAAUGUUGGUUUAAACGACAUAUGGAGAUACAUACAAGACAAAAAUGUCCAUGUAACUUUUGCCCAAGAAUGUUCAAUACAAAAUUCCAAGAAUCGCAGCACCAACAGCAACACGCCAGUUUAA